UCAUUUGCUCUGCGACGUAGGACGCAGACUUUUGCAGCUUGACUUUCCGCAUCCGCAUAACAAACUGUUAGACUUUUUAUCAUGACCCUACCAGUUAGACUUUUAAGUCUAAAUCUUUCCUGCAACUCCUGCAUGAGUUUCCACCAGAUUCUAGAAGGAAAGUCAAAGGCUUUUUAUACUUGUCAUCAACAGCAAUAUACUGCGUCUCUAUCCACCCGCUGCAGCAGUUGACGAUUGCAAUUCAAACUCACGAGAGUUCUUGCUUUUGGGCCAUUCGAGGAGACCUGAAAAUCAUCACUUAUAUUGCGUCUUGAGCAAACAGUAAAAAAAUGAAUAACCAGCAACUUCUCCCUGUUGACUACCGCGAUGAGUUUGUCAGAAUCCAAACCUUUCCACAGAGCUGGUCUGCUCAUUACAAGAAAGACGAAUUAGCCAAGGAAGGUUUUUUCUGCAUCUCCAACAGUUCUUGGGUUUGCUGCUUUGCCUGCACUGUUAAUUUGAAUACUGAAAUUGCCGACCUGGUCUCCAUUCGCGGCCAACAUAUGACAAAAUCGCCUUCCUGCCCUAUGGUCCUCAACACGGAGUGUGGAAAUGUGCCCAUGACUCACAAAACUAUUUACAAGUGUGAAAGGGAUCGAUUGUAUUCAUUCUGCUGUGUUGAUUUCCGAUGGCCUGUGGACGUCCAUGACUUGGCAAAGAGUGGAUUUUACUAUGACCCUAGCAGGAAAUCAUCAUGCUGCUUCUUUUGCAAACUGCAGAUUGGCAGUUGGACUUUAGGCGACACAGGACUUACUGAACAUCAAAAAUACAAUCCAACCUGUAGUUACUUCACGCAGCAACCAGGAGUUGAAAAUGUUCCUUUGGGACUAGAAAAUACGCCACAGGGUGCCAAGAUCAUCAAUGCGGCCCUUGCUGAAGAAUCCAAUCCGAAUCAACAGUUGCAACCACUUGCCAUUGGCGAGCCACCGAAAACCGCAAAAUAUAAAGAUAAGAAGGACAGGAUGAGCUCCUUUGCGACAUGGCCAGCCAGUAUGAAACAGAGACCUGGAGAGUUAGCUGAUGCUGGAUUUUUCUACUCUUCCACUGGUGAUCAUGUUGAAUGUUACCAGUGUGGUGGACGCCUAAGAGACUGGGGUCGUGAAGACAUACCGUGGGAGGAGCAUGCAUUUUGGUUUCCAUACUGCGAACUUGUUAAGGUUGUGAAAGGUGUGGAUUUCAUUAGCGAAAUGCAACACAGGAAAAAAAUUCCCACCAAUAAGAGGUCAACUAUAGCUCCCAUUGAUUCUGAUAUCCUGGAUGAGGAUGAAUCAAUUGAAAUUGACGGGGGACCUGCUAAUGAUCCACCAGGUGAUGACGCAUUAAGAGAGGUCCGCCUUUGCAAGGUGUGCCUUACUAAAGAGUUGGGAAUUGUUUUUCUUCCUUGUGCCCACAUGGCCACAUGUCCUGAUUGCGCUCCACAGCUGACGACAUGUCCGAUAUGCCGGUCAAACUUCUGCGCUUACGUUAGGGCAUUCCUGCCCGCUUAAUCAAGUAACCAUAGAAAAUUUCAAUAUUUCACGGCGUUUAUAAAUGUAAACUGGAUUUGGGUUACCCUAAAUAGUGUAAUGUACUAAAUAGCACUAAUAAUAGAAUUAUUCAACAUUAUAAUUAUAAUUGCAUACCAUUUAUUAUCUUUUCUUAUCUAAUUGUUGUAAAAUAAUAUUCAUUUCUUCUCGAAAUUUCGAAUUAAAUAUUUUCCUUUUCAAUUACAUUAUCUCUUUUUUAAACAUAAAAAAUAAAUACAAGUUAUAUCUAUAGUAAAGAAA